UCUACCUUCCUUCUGAUCACUGUGUCCUCAUCUUCUCCUCGCGUUCUCCCGGAUCGAGAAGGUGCGGAAAUCACCGCCCCCGGCUACCGAGUUCGGAUGAGAGAGAGUGGCCUUCCUUCAGAGAUGUAUCAGCUAAUCGUCUGCCUUUUCCAAUUUAGGGUUAUGGUUUGUAUGAUUGGGGGAAUAUUCGCGAAGGAAAGCUGUGAUCUUUGUCAGUGAUUGCCUGAUUGGUCUGGAAUCGAGUGAUCAAGUCAUCUUUGAUGGGAUUUGGUAUAUGGUCAUGAUGCGUAUUGAUCAAGAGGGUCAAUUCUCUUGUGAAUUUCACAUGCAUGACCGUUGAUUCGCUGCUAUCUGGGAUUGCCUGAAUUUUGUCUGAAAUAUUCUGUUAGUUGUCGCUGGUGUUGGAAUUUGUGCUACAUCUCAUAGUAUCAAUGUUUGCUGCCCAUCCGUGGAAAGAAGAAUCAAUUACUUGAAUUAACAUAGCAUUUUGUUGAUGUUGGAUGAUUGUUUGUGCUUGAUUCCAUGUAGAGACAGGGAAACCUUGUUCACUGUCUUCCCAGACAUGAUAUUUUCUGGUUAUUCCCCAAUGCACGGUUUUCUGUUAUUGUAAAAAGUUGGCAGGCUUCGUGGAGAAAAUUACAUUGAUAAGCAUUAGUCAGUGGUUUGCAACUCUUUUUGUGAGUAAAAAUGGAGUAUUUGAACGUAAAGGUGUUGGAUAAAGGCAAAAACUGUGAUCUCAAGAGAAAGAGAAAUUCUGAUGUUUGUUCCAUUGACAUUGGCCAUGGCUUGGUAGCACAUCAGCCUAUUGUAGGUCAAUCCUCUUUAAGGGCCUGCACGAGAACCAGAUGUAAAACCAACCUAUGUUGCUCUCCUGAGAACCAUAUUCUCAAGAAUUAUCGCAAUUUCACACAGAGUGGGUUACCCCAGCAGGUUCUGUUUUAUGAGAAUGGUGAAUGGAAUGAUUUUCCAGCAAACAUUGUCAGUUUGGUACAGGAAGAAUUUAAAUCAAAGAAAGCAAUUACAGAAGUAGGUUAUCGGAAUCAGCAAUGUUUGUUAGAUUUCAUUCACAUGGUUUGUGUAGUUCUGCAUACAGGUCUGAAGCCAUUAGCAUGGAUUGAUGAUCAUGGAAAAUGCUUCUUUCCAGAGUCAUCAAAUAGAUGCCAUCACUCUGACAAAAAAAUUCAGGCUUACAUGAGUUCUGAAUCAAAUGGGAUACAUGGAAACAACACUCAUUUUGAGAUUUCCAUCAAUGAAGCUGAAAGCUCAAGUUCAGUAGCUGAUGAUGAGAUUAUGUCUAAUAUCAAGAGGGUCAAGUGCGAAGAAAAUUUUGUCAGUCAUCAGAAUAUUUGGUCUCCAGGCAAUGAAGUAGUAGGAGAAAAUGAACCAGGUUCUAUUUUCCCUUUAGAUAUCCCUGCUUUUGGAACAUUUCAAGCAUCUGCAGGUGGUCAUCGUGUUAGUUUGGUGCAGGAUAUGUUACUCCAAGGGUUGGGAAAGUUUAUUGAUGCAAAGGAUAUUGUUGGAAUACUUAGGACUCCAUUGAGAAAUGAUUUAGGUUUAGAUCGGUUUGAUCUUUUUCAGAAGCAGGUUGAAGUCACUAAAAUGGCGCGUGGCAAUGCAAAUGUCCGCUAUGCAUGGCUUGCUUCUUCCAAGGAUGCAGUGGAGGAGAUGAUGUUACAUGGAAUUCUGAAGCGGUCUAUGCAGAAGUGUCUUUAUGGCAAUGGCAUUCAUCUCGCCCCUGCAAAUUGCUCCAACAUCUGUACCAGCUACUCUGAUGUUGAUGAAAGUUGCGUUAUCCACCUUAUGUUGUGCCGCAUUGUAAUGGGAAAUGUGGAACUUAUUCACCCUGGAUCUGAACAGUGUCAACCUAGUAAUGAAAACUUUGACACUGGUGUAGAUGAUCUUCAAAAGCCAAGGCAUUAUAUUAUAUGGGACAUGAAUUUGCUUACCCAUGUCUAUGCAGAAUACAUAGUGACUUUUAGGGUGACCUCCAAAGUUAAAGAAUGUUUGCUUGGGAAGGAAAGUAUAUAUAAUGUAUCUGCCCUAAAAAAUUCUAGUCCAUCUCACUGCUUAUUACAGGAUAAGACUUUUGAACCAUCUCCAGCCUUGGGCAAUCAUUCUCAAGUUCCUGUGUCAACAAGAACACCUCCAAGAAUUCCAAGUUCACCAUGGAUGCCCUUUUCAAUGUUAUUUGCAGCCAUUUCAACUAAAUUGCCUCAGGGGGACAUGGACCUGGUUCACACUCAUUAUGAUGACUUUAAGAAGAGAAAGAUAAGCCGAAUUGACUUGGUCAAGAAGUUAAGGCAGAUAAUCGGGGACAAAUUGUUGGUUUCUACUAUAAUGAGGCUGCAACAGAAGUUACCACCUAUGGCCAGACACGAGCCACCAAAGUCCUGGUCUCGUAACUUGCAAAACAUGUCUUGACAAGGUGGAAGCAUGGAGCUGUCUGUGUGUGGUCUCGCAAGUCUCACUCACAUUUGAAGUAAGUUUGCUGGUUUCAGCACUCACUCCUUACGGUAGGUUUACGAUCUAAGAAACUUGUUUCAAGCUGUGUACUCUUUGUAAUAAUAAUGCCUGUCUCUGUUGUGUAUCAUUUGGCUCGCUUGAUGUAAUUGUAAAGUGGGAGUCUUUUUUGGCCUAUCAAACAUAUGAUAUCUAUGUGAAAUCUCUCUCACCUUCUCUCUGUA